UCUAUUGCACUGGGUUAAUAUCAACGAAGUUAGAUUUCUCUCAUUUGGCAACAUACUUCAACAUCUUUGGUUAACGUUUGAGAAGGACCAAAGUUUUAGUAAUAUAUAAGUAAUAUAUAUAAGAAUUAAUAAUGGUAAACGUACCGAAAACAAGACGCACCUUUUGCAAAGGGAAGUGUAAGAAGCAUACAUUGCAUAAGGUUACACAGUACAAAAAAGGAAAAGAAUCUAUAUGGGCACAAGGAAAGAGGAGAUAUGAUAGAAAACAACAAGGUUAUGGUGGGCAGACAAAACCUAUUUUUCGGAAGAAAGCGAAAACAACUAAAAAAAUUGUAUUAAGAAUGGAAUGUUCAGCAUGCAAAUACAGAAAGCAACUUCCAAUCAAGCGGUGCAAACACUUUGAAAUUGGAGGUGAUAAGAAAAGAAAGGGACAAAUGAUCCAGUUUUAAACUUGCUGUUGAUAAUGCUGUGUAUAGUUUUCGAAAUAAAAUAUUUCAAAAACUAGA